CGAUUUGAAAGUUUGCGUGAAAAGUCGGUUUUUUCGGCCAAAAAAUCGCGUUGGUUGCGGGUGGCGGUGUUUUUGGGGGUGUGACAGUGCGGUGGCGGCGGCGUUGACACCAGGACGGGUGGUUUCGUUGAAUUUUUGGAGGUUUGGUUGUCAUGUGCCAGGUAUUCAGUAGGUAUUAUUUAAAAUGACAAGAAAAAUCCGGGCGGUUUGGCGGUCAGGUGUUGCGAGGACGAAGAUGUAGGGGGCCGUGGGAGGCGGCAAAGAUGCAUAAGGAGUCCGGGAAGUCGCCGGCGAAGUCCUCGAGGAGGGGUCAAGCGCCGUCGAACAGGACCGGAUCCAGGACACCCAACGGCGAGUCGAAAUCGUGGUUCGGAAGCAAGCCGACGAAGCCGGCGAAGAGCAGGGACGUCCAGAUAAAGCCGAUUUCGGCGUCCUCGCCGGCCCUGAACAACAACAAUGAGGGCAAGAAGAGCGCCAGGCCGCUGACGAUCGCCACGGACUCGAACAUUACGCUGAGGAGAGGCCAGCAGCCCUCCAAGCCCGAGACCCCCACCCCCGAGGAGCUCUCCCGCUCGUCCUCCGCCAGCAACCUCAAUGCCGAGCACAAGCCCAAGGGCGCCCGCCCCAAGAAGGCCGACUCCAAGGACCGCCUAGACAAGACCGCCGCCGACAAGAAGCAUGACCGCGGCCGCGCCUUAAGCAAGAACAACAACCGCGAGUCCGACGGCGACGGCGCCGUCGACGUCGACGAGCUGCAGAGGCAGCUGGCCCAGAUGGCCAGCGACAAAUCCUCCCUGGCGCUGCAGCUCGGCGAGCAGAGCGGCCAAUUGGGCAAGCUGCAGGGCGAGGUGACGCACCUGCGGAUGCUCCAGGAGGAGGCGGCGCAAAAGGUGGACCAGUUGGCGGAGGAGAACACUAUUUUGAGGAACCGCCUCCGGGACGUGGCGCACUCGCCGCUCUCGGACAACGAGAAGCAGCAGCUGCUGUACGAGGCCAGGCACCACAGCUCGGCGCCGGCGUCCAUCGCCACGAACUUGCUGGACGAUGGCGGUGACAUUACGAGCUGUCCCACGCCGGAAUGGGACAAGCAUUCCAGUAGCAACGUCAGCGAGGUCUCGGUGGCGUGCCUCCAGGACAAGAUCAACCAGAUGCAGGAGACGCACUACAGCACCAACGAAGAACUCCAAGCGACCCUCCAAGAGCUGACCGACCUCCAGCGGCAGCUCACGGAGCUCCAGCAAGAAAACGUGCGUCUCAACGAAGAGAAAAACCUCAUGUUCGAGUCUCUGUGUCGGCAAACCGAGCGCUUGAACGACUCGCGAGGCGAAGUCGAGUCUUUAAAACAACUCCUCUACAAAGACGACAGCGGCCAGUUCGAGACGGCUGCAGAACGCGAGCAGAAGCUCGUAGACUUGUUAAAAUCGGCACAAGAAGAAACCGAAACUUUGUUGAUGAAGCAUGAGCAGCUCGGGAACGACCUGGAGGAAUCCCGGUCGGUGAAUAUGCACCACUCGAGCGAGAUCUCCCAGUUGAGCGAGCGCGUCAAAACUCUGGAGAGCACCUUGGACGCCAAACACGCCGAGCACAAGCAGCUCGACCAGGAGUUGGCGCAAGCCAAAGACCAGAGUAGCGGCAGACAGAUCGAGAUCAACCGACUGAAGGACCUCCUCGAGAACGCCAGGACGAAGAUCAACGAGCUGGAGCAGGACCGCGCGCUGAGCGACAAGUCGGAGCUGGACGAGAUGUUGGACAACGCGCGCAAGGAGAAAGACGCGCUCGAGUCGGAAGUAGCGCACCUGAAGGAGAAGCUAGCGUUAAGCAAGAACGAGAACGAAAAACUGAAGGAGCAAGUCUCGAUUCUGCAGGAGGAGUGUAAAGUGAUUCGGAACAACGCGAAGAUGACGCAGUCAGACCUAGAGUACAAGCUGGAGACGGUGGUGAACGAGAAGAACGCAACCACGGAGCAGCUGCAGCAGUUUCAGGAAGCUGUAAACGAGCUCCAGGUGCAGGCGCAGUGUCAGUUGGACGAUAAGCGGCAGCUUUCGACGGUGUUGUCCGAGACGCAGCGGAACUUGAACGAAUCGGAACGAAGAGUAAUGGACCUGGAGAACGAGUUGGUUGAGUUGAAGAAGACGAAACAAGAGCAGGAAGAAGAAUGGGAGAAAUUCCAGAACGACCUCCUCACCUCCGUCCGCGUGGCCAACGACUUCAAAACCGAGGCCCAACAAGACCUCCAGAAGCUCAUCAUGGAGAACAAAGCGAGCCGCGAACGAAUCAAGCAGCUGGAGUCCCAAAUCGACAAACUCAAAGGUACGUCCUCACCUCCAAAGACCCAACCUUCCAAGUCUCCACUAGGUGGCAGCAAGAGAAAACCGUCGCCGCGCUUGUCGAACGAGGAGAUGCUGAUGUCGUCGCUGGACCGCCGCUACAAAGAAAUCGAGAACUUGUCGGACGCGCUGUUAACCGAAGAACAGCGCGCCGUCAAAGUACUCAAAAGGCACUACGAAACCGAGUUCCCGCGCCAGAAACCCGUAGCCCACAAACCCAAGAACGAACUCGCCAUCAGCAAACCGUCCCUGGAGUCGGUGAUAUCCAACCCGAAGCUGGGGAAAAUCGUCAAGGAUGAGAAGUUGACGAACGUGGAGGAGGGUCAGAGGAGUUUGUCUCCGGCGAGGAUUUCUCUGAUUGACGCUAUUGGAGCGUCGGUGGACGACCUCAACCUCCAGAGGAUUGAGUCGUUCCAGAAGGUACAAAGCGACGUGGGGGUUACUAACAAGAGCGACGACGACGAUGUCCACAGACGCAGCAAGAGUUUGUCAGAUUUACCCACGACUCUGGAGAAGACGUCGCUCCGGAGAUAUGACAGCACCGACGACCUUCUAACUCUCUCCAAAGACUCGAAGCGAGUCAAGAAACGGAAGAAGAGUAGCGUCAAUUUCAACACUUUGGAGAGCAUCUGCAGCCAAAUCGACCCCAACACACCUGAAGAUCAACUCACGAAGGAGCAGCGGCUGGCGCUGCGCUUGCGCGACGUUUUAAGCAAGGAGGAAAAGAAAACCACGCUGAAGAAGAGGCCCAACCUGGGGCGCAAGAAACCCGUCAUCAGUCGACCCACCCAGGAGUCGGUCGAGCGCAACAGCAAACUCUACGACAUCCUGAGGGACCCGGUGAUGAAGAGCGUGGCUGCCGAAGACCCCAAAGUGACGAAACGGGCGAAGAAGCAGCUGAAGAAAACCAAAGACAGAUACAGCGUGCCGUUGUCAUACCAGUGGAAUCAAGACACUUUGAAGAAGAGCAAGAGCUAUAACGACAUCACGUUCAAGUUCCAAGUACCCAAUAUGUACUCAGAGGAAGAAAAUAAGAGUGACGUGGACCCGGUGCUUCCCCCUGAGGAGUUCCGCGAUCCGGCCAUGGAGGAUUCGGUGUUCAAGAAUUUCCAGACCAACAACAACACCUUCAAGAAGGAGCACAAUUACCUAGACGACGAUCGCGUUGAUAAUUUUGAUAAAGAUCGUGGCGUGGACGUCGUCGAUAAGUUUGAUAACGAUGAACAGGUGAAGAUUUCGGACGACCAGAUGCGUUCGGAUCCUGAUGGUGAUGAUAACGUGGCCAAAACUGUCGUUGAUAAGUUUGAUAAAGAUGAACAGAUGAAGGUUUCGGAUGAGCAGAUGCGUCCUGAUACUGAUAGUGAUGAUAACGUGGCCGAAACUGUUGUUGACAAUUUUGAUAAAGAUGAACAGAUGAAAAUUUCCGAAGAGGAUCAAGACGACGAUGAGCAGAUGCGUCCUGAUGGUGGUGAGAACGUGGCCGAAACUCUGAACGAGGCGAUAUUAAGGCGCCUGGAGUACGAAGACGGUUUCACGUACGAAGAGCUAGAUGAAGAAGUGGUCGCGGCUAGAAGAGGGACGAGGCAGAGGUACAGUCACGUGAUUGAAGAAAUGAAGGGGAAGUUCGAGAAGUCGAGCGACGAGGAAGAUUAUCAAGAUGAUCAAGGUGUUGAUAAAGAUUCUUCUGGGAUCGACUUGGAUUCAGUUGAUAGUCAGAAGACAACUGAAAAAGAACGGGAAGAAUACGAAGAGUUGGUGGUCCAAAUUUUUGAUAAAGAUUACGUUUUUAAUACACCUAAAGUACAAAAGCGCGACGAUGACACAGACAAAAAGGCGAAGAUGUCUGAAGAUUUUGAUAAAGAUUUUUACGUUCCGAGAGCGGUCGAAAAAUCCGAUUACGAAGAACGGGAGAAGAAUGACGAUGAAGAUUUGGACAGAGUUGUCAGUAUUAGAAUGGAAGAUUUACAGGUGUUUCAAGAUUUUGAUAAUGAUAUAGAAACGGAAGAAAGAAACACUAAGACGGUCGAAGAAGAAAAUCUUCCACUGAUAAUAAUCGACGAUCAAGAUAUAAAAAGUGGGCCAAGAGAUCUUGAUAAAGAUUCUACGUAUCAAAAGUCAGAUGACUCAACAAAAGACAAGACAAAGAAGUUCGAAGAAACUUUUGACACGUUUGAUGAUAAAGCCACCAAGAAACCAAAAGAUUUUGAUAAAGAUGUGAGAAAAACUGAUUCGUUCGAAGAAGAAAAUCUUCCACAAAUAAUCGACAUCGGGACUAAACAAUCUAAAUCACAAUUGUCUAGAAGUGUGGAUGAAGAUCCUCACAUUUUGGAUACCAAUCAAGAUACAGAAAGUGGGUCCAAAGAUCUUGAUAAAUAUUCUAAGUAUCAAAAGUAUGAUGAUGAUGAUGAUGAUGAAGCUACGAAGAAACGAACAUAUUUUGAUAAAGAUCCAAUAGAAACUGGUUCGUUCAAAGAAGAAAAUCUUCCACAAAUAAUCGUCAUCGAGAGUGAAGAAACAGAAUCACAAUUGUCUAAAAGUGUGGAUGAAGAUCCUCAUAUUUUGGAUACAGACGAUCGUCAGGCAAGAGAUCUUGAUAGAGAUUCUAAGUAUCAAACGUCAGAAGAAACUUUUGACGUUUUUGAUGAUCAAACUACGAAGAAAGCAAACGAUGUAAGAAAAACUGUUCCGCUCAAAGAAGAAAUUCUUCCACAAAUAAUCGUAUCACAAUUGUCUAAAAAUGUGGAUAAAGACGCCCACAUUUUGGAUACAGAGGAUAAAGAUAUAGAACGUGAGCCAAGAGAUCUUGAUAAAGAUUCUAAGUAUCAAAAGACAGAAGAAACUUUUGACACGUUUGAUGAUAAAACUACGAAGAAACCAAAAGAUUUUGAUAAAGAUCCAAGAAAAACUGGUUCGCUCGAAGAAGAAAAUCUUCCACAAAUAAUCGAUAUCAAAGGCCCUCACAUUAUAGAAACUGAACCAAGAUAUCUUGAUAAAGAGUCUGACAAAGAUCUAAACGCCUCUAAAGAAAAAGAAGAAUCUUUCGACAUCUAUGAAGAAACAAAGGAAGUUGAUUUCAACAUUCUGGAGCGUUUUCCAGACAAACCAGACCCUUUGGUUAAAAGCAAGACCCACUUUGAUUUCCUGGAAGACUUUGGAAGAGUCGAAGACCAACCCAAACCCUCCCCUACCAAAGAAGAUCAUUUCGAUUUUGACGAAACUUCACCAGAAACCAAUCAUGACAACCACUACCUCUUGAAUACCCAAAAGACACCCGAACCCAUCUACGAAGUUAUCGGGCAGCCCCACCUCACCGAAGAAGAGUCCCAGCUCGUCGACCACUACUCCAACCGCCGCAUUUCGCAGCCUUUGUCCGAUAUUAACUCCGAAGACUUGUCCUUGGUGGACGAGUUGCGCUAUCGAUACCUAGACUUCGAGGAGAACCCCCACGAGAGACACGUUUUCCCUCAGAUUUUGGCCCCCAGGAAACUCGACACGGCGCCGAUUUACGAGCCCGUGUAUGCCAACGUCUUGGGGCCGUCGUCCACCAGGUCGACGCUCCCUCCUGUCGUCGUCAACAAGAAACCGGUGGCUUCGCCUAGAGUGUCGUUCCCUGAUCCUGAUAGCACCGAAGCCAUCUAUCGAGAGUUCGCCGGCCAGGUGAGGAAAACGCGCUUCAGCAUCACGUACGAGCGAAAAAAGGGGGACUCUUUUAAAGAGAAGAACGAAGAGAAGUCGGCGAGAGUGAGCGACUUGAGAGCGAUAUUCGAGGGGGCGAAAUCGUAGCGCAGCCCCUUUAUUGUACUAGUACUAGUAGUAAUAAAGCAAUAAAUUUUGUA